UGAUAUUGAUGAGGCGCAUAAAGACGUUAAUGAUCAAGAAGUAUACCCAGGAGUAACAAAGGAUAGUCCAAACAAUCCAUUUCUUGUACCGGCUAAAAAUGAUGAUGCAUCAGGUGAAGGUAAUGAUGCACCGAGUGAAGAUGAUACACCUGAUGCAUCCUAUUCAUCCUACCAUCCUGAAUCAAGUGAAUCAGAUAAUAGCGUUGAAUCUGAACAAAAAGAAAAAACCGAAUUUCAAUAUGAAUGGUUUGUUGGACCCGGCAUAAAAGAGUCAAAAUUGAAUGAAAAUGGAAAUAAGUGGACCGUUGGUAUAAUCGAUGUUUCGAAUUUGCUAUUGGAGUAUCGUAAUAUAUCUAUCAAAAAAGCAUCGGAGCAAAAAAUAGAAAAUGCUGUUGAAAUGCUUUCUCUUAAUCAUAUAUUUCUAUUGGAUGAGAAUUUAUCUACUGGGGUCUCAGAAAUGAUUGACACUGCAUCAUUGAAAGCAAUUUUCGAAAAUAUCAGAAGUGAAUAUACUCCAUAUCAUCUUUCAGACAAGGACAUUAUACGAUGCUGUAAGUCAUUACUUAGGAAAUGGCAGAAGGAAGUUGAUGAAAAUGAUAAUGAUUUAGUCUUAGAAGUUUUUGAAUCGAUUUUCAAGUAUUUUCCACACAACACAAACCGAGCAGAUGCACGAGAAGAUUCAUUCGUCCAUGAGGUCUUUGCACCAAUAAUUUUACCUUUUUUUGUAAAUAGUGAUCUAAUGUGUGAAUGGUCCUCAGAUGUGUUGGAUUCAUCAACCCACAGAAAACGUAAAUUUGAUCCUAUUCUCCAGGGAAGAAAAGCAGACUUUUCUGCUUACGCACAAACUAAAGGCAACAGAUACUAUCUAUUUGUCUCCGAAAUAAAGUCCGCCAGAUAUAUUUCAUCAAAGAAAAUUAAUUUUGUGGAUUGCGAUUUAGUAAAAAUUGGAAAUGAAAUGAAGGAUAUGCUUGAUAAGUGCAUUGAAGAUGGUGUGAAAACCAAAGAUUUGGCUGUUUGUAGCAUACUUGUCGAAGGUUUCCAGUGCAGUAUGUUUGUAAUGGACCUGAAGUUUGACGCAAUAUACCGAAUGAUACUCCUGGGAAAGUUUUUCCUCCCACAAAAUAUUCAUAACCUUAAUGUACUUUCUAUGGCAAUAGAAGAACUAAUGCAGAUAAAGAAUAUUAUUUCUAAUUCUGCUAAGCUUUGCUUUCAGUGUAAUAAAGACCCAAGUAUCACAUCUACUAUACUCACUACACCUAUACGCAAUAAAAUGACACGACCAUCCUUUCACACUCCAAUAAAGGUCCCAAUUAAUAAAAUUUCCUAA